AUCAGACAAUCAAGCAGCCGUCAACCCUACUGAAUGCCUCAUUUCAAAACUAUCAGCUCCGUUGCUCGGAUCAAUUCGAUUCUAUCAUUAUGAAAUACCUUUUUUGUGUCAUAACAGUCUUGCUUCUGUUAGUCAACAGUCUGCAAGACGAAAUCGAUACAGAAAAUGAGGCAUCUACGGAACCGAUCGAUGAAGAUCCUUCCAAUACACCAGAAAACCAAAACGCACAAGCUUCAUCAACAAUGGGAUCUCCGCUGAUCACACCAACUCCGAUCACAACUUCUUCAUCAGAGCAGCCGAAUUUGGCUUUCUCCGCAAAAAAUGUCCACGCUUCCCUUACCGAGGGGUCAUCCAAUUCCAAUGGUGAAUCUCCGCCAAUCUCAAAGCAUCCGGCCACAAGUCCUACAACAGUGCUGCAAAAAACCGAGUCUCCCGUAAAGACAGUCAGCGUUCAAGAAGGACUGUCAACAACCGAUACCGAUAACAAAUUACUGCCAAAUACGCGCACACCGGACAUUCCAGUGAACCAUUUCAAGGACGACGAACCGCAGCAGCCGAGGGUGACGAUUUCGUACCGAUGCCUCAAGGAGGAUUCCAAAAAGUGUGUCAUCUCCGAAAUAAACUCCACUGAUCCUUCCGAAGAUAUUUCAUUACCCGAUCUGGGCGCAAAAAUCGCAUUGCAUAUCAAAGGGGGCCAUAUGAAGAGUUUUACGAAGGAGCUAAGCAAACAGCUUGGAGACAUCGAGAAACUCAAACUAGGGCCACUUCAAAUGGAGGAGUUCUUUUUGAAGCCGAAUCUAACUGAAGUUGAGGCGAUUGGUAAUCGCCUCAAGACCAUCAAUCUCACACCAGGUGAUGAAUAUAGAUUGAUGAUACUUAAUUUGAACGAUAAUCAACUCGAGAGUUUAGACGGAUUCGAAGUGUUUUUCCAAUUGCAGGAGCUCCACCUUAGCUCCAACGCACUGAAGAACAUCAAUCUACAGACCUUCAAUCAAAUGGUGAACCUGAAACGAUUAUAUCUCGAUCGAAAUCAUAUUGUUGCUAUCGAAGCAUCAACAUCUGUGAAAUUGCCUCUUUUGGAAUUCUUUUCACUGACUCGAAACAAUCUGCUUGGUCAAUUAGACGUGACCAAUUGGGAUUUCGAAUCCCUUACCGAACUGGACCUCAGUUCAAACAACCUCACUGACAUUGUAGGUCUGCUCGACAGUUUUCCGAGUUUGAGCAACAUUCUCCUGGCUCGAAAUUCCUGGCAGUGCAUGUUGUUGGAUGACAUGUUGAAACAAAUCGCCGAUAGCUACAUAACCGUCAAAGACAGUGAUCAGGAGUGCGAGGGUCUUUCGCCAGCCAACAUCUGCUGUUCGGCUGAUUCAGAUAACAACCAGGUCUUCGACGAUACCUUCAAAAGGCUCGAGGAUCUGGAACAUCAACAAAAACUAUUGCAGCAAACAUACAGCGAUCAGAUACGAAAGCUCACGAGCACACAGAGUGCCAAACUGACGGAUGCCAAAAAGCGACUGUAUCGGAUCUUGGGUGUUGACUAUUCAACUGGAAAAAACAUUACUCAGGACACGAUCAUCAAAGAUGAUUUCAUGGCGAUUCGGAACGAUGUUAAAAGUAUCAUCACGUCGCUGGAUGACGAGAAAGAAAAGCUGAAGAAGUUGAAUGACGAUGCCAAGAAAUCGCGGAACCGACUGCAGCAUUCGGUUGCGGAACUGAGGAGGGGAUUGCGACGAGAGGUGAACAAGGUCAGUGAACUGCACGCGCAGUUCGCGCUGCUUAAGGAUUAUGUGAGCAGCAAACGUGCGAAGGGCAUUACAAAAUCGAAUCCAUGAGGUAGCCCUUUAUAGAAGUAACUUCUGGUGUUUUUUUUUAUUAAACAAAUAUGUUGGAAUAAUUAUGGAAGAAGAAGAAGAUAACGAAACUGACAACAAUACGAUGUGUAACAGAAUGAGAUGAAAAUGUAACGGUUGAAUUCUAGUGGAAUAUAUUGGGUUGUUUGUGAUUAUCUCUUCGAAUUGUUCUCGUUAUUACCUCGAAUACUUAUUUGAAUGUCAAAGUAAUUAGCCAAAAUUACUUUGACAUUUGUUCGGCCAUUCCGAGGCAUGGUUCAAAUGUCAAACUUACAAACCCAUACCAUAAACAAUUCAAACGUAGCUAAUAUAUUAUAUAAAAUUCAAUCAAUCAAAUUUCAAUCAUUUUAACCUGUUAAAAAGCUAAUCUAGACAUAUGGAAAAAAAUUAUGCUGAUGAAAAAGUUCAAAUUAUAGAAAACACUGACUUAAAUUGAUAAAACCAAAUAACAAAUAAAUCAACUUGCAGAAAUUGGCGAAUAAACACUCUAUUUUAGCUCAAAAGUAUACAAAAAUAUGCUUUUUCUAGCAGUUUGAAUUCUGUUUUUAAAGAUUCUCACUGAUAUUUCGAUGAUUAAGUGACUAAAUUGUAAAAAAACAUGUUUGAAAAUGCCACUUCCAUGUACCCAUUAUGGUAAUAGUGUUCCUGGAGUUUCGUAAUAAGUGUAUCUAUUAUGGUAAUAGUCGUUAUCACAGAAAAAGCGUUAAUAGGUUUCAAAUAAAACUUCAAUAAUAAUUUUUAAAUAAAACUAUGCCUCUAAAUCUUAUUCCUAGUAUGCAAUACUAUGUCGUUGAUUCUACACUCGACAAAAAUUAUGGGAACGGAGCGCGAAGUUGAAGUUUUUACGUGAUUUUAGAAACGCUGUAUCUUUGUAAAAACCAACGCAUGAAGAUGGGACAUACAUCAUUUUAAAGCUUCAAGUUCAAGAUAAUACUUGAAUGCUUCUAUCUUUUUGUGUGUAUGUGUAGUGGAUAACAAUACUGGAAAGAAAAAAAUAGGUUUUUUUGUUUAUUUUUCAAGAUUAA